AUGGCGUCGCAAGAGAAGAUCACCGUCCACAACAUAGCAGACCUCAAGAACACGUCCGACGACGCGAUCCCGAACUACCUCAACUCCCUCAAGUUCCGGCAGGACAACAGCCUGCUGGACACGCGGCUGGCGCUGGGGUACGGCGCCUUCGCCGUCGCGGCCACCUGCUUCCUGUGGGACUACAAGCUCGGCUUCGAGGACACCAAGUACUACACGGCGGCCGCCGUCGCGCUCUACUCGGUACUCAACGGCCUGCUGACCUUCUGGAUCGGCUCCGUCGAGAAGGGCACCGUGUACCAGGGCGUGGCGGCUGACGGGUCAAAGAUCUCCAUCGCGACCUCGACCAAGAAGCUCGUGCCAACCUACCACGUCAAGGUCACCACGACGCCCAAGAAGGGGUCCCCGCAGACGAUCGAGCUCGCGCGUUCCUUCACCGAGUGGUUCGACAGCCAGGGCCACUUCAUCGCGCGGCCCUUCCAGACCAUGCUCGCCACGACCGUACCCCUGAUCGCGCAGGCGGACCCCAUGAGGGCGGCCGCGGGGGCUGUGGCGCGGUCAGAGGAGCUGGUGAACGCCGGCUCCGAUGUUCUGGAUGCUAUACUGGCGGCCGAUGCUACGGGUGCUGAUGCGGGAGGCGCGGGCAAGAAGUCGAAGCGCAGGAAGGCGUGA